AAAUGUUUAAAAUACAUGUUUUACAGCACUAGUCCUGGAGGGAAGAAGAUGUUCUUUGGAGUAGGAAUUUAUGGAUUUAGCGCCACAAUCACAGAUUCUGGGUCUCUUAUAGUUGGCGGCCCCUACAACCCGCAGCUGGACGGAUCACAGAUUCAUCUUUAUACAGGAUUAAUAUCAGAGGUUGAAAAAGGGCAGAUUAAGUUUCCCAGUAGUAAUCCAACACCUCCAUUUUCUUAUGGAAAUGGUAUUUCAAGAUGGACAAAUCCUAAUUAUUUUCUGGCGGGAUAUUUUGUAGGAAAAGGUAAAUUCUCCGAUGGUGAGAGAGAAUUGAUAAUUGGUGCUCCAGGGGCAGAUUUUCAUACAGGGAAACUGUAUGUUUGUGGAAACUGUAAUGGAAUCAGAUCAGAUUUCAAGAAUCAGGAACUUCAAGGGAACACUGGGGGCGAAGGGUUUGGUUUUACAGCUGCAGCUUGUGAUAUUAAUGGAGAUGGGAAAGAUGAUUUAUUAAUUGGUGCACCAUUCUACACAGCAAAUAACAAGAACUAUGAUACCGGGGCAGUUUAUGUUUACACCAACAGAUGGAAUAAAAAUGAUAGAUUCAAAUUUAACCUAGAGAAAACUAAUAUGCUGGGGGAAGAGAUGAUCAAAAAGGUAUCUGGAGCAAUGUUUGGGCGAUCAAUAGCUUGUCUUGGAGAUACAGACUUCGAUGGAAAACAGGAAGUUGUUGUUGGGGCUCCUUUCUAUGGUGAAACUGAUAAGCCUGGAGCAAUCUUCAUUUUUAAAUCUUUUCUCAAACCAGACUCUCUAGAUACAGAACCGAGUCAGAUCAUAUAUGGGACUAGUCCUGAGUUUAGUGGACCUGCUGGCUUCGGAUUCAGGUUUGCAGUUCCAAAUAGUAAUGGAGAUAAAAUCAACUUUGAUAACACCCAACCAAGUUCGAGCAGAGCUGAGGAGUUUUCUGUAUCUGCUCCUCAUUCAAGACAAGUUUUUAAACUUAGAUUUAAGAAAGUUAUCAGGAUAAAUGAUACAACUAGACCAAUGUU